AUGCCAUUCACGGAAAUUUCUAGUUUUGGACCAAUUUAUGAUCGGAUCAUGACCAGGGCUGUUCGUGACCAGAUACUUAAGGAUGCCAAUGGGGAUAUUAGUGACCAUCUAAGCAAUCAUAUACAUUUGACCAAUUGUAUUCAUUUGAAGAACCAUAUGCAUAAGCAUAGCCCCAUAUCCGCUGAUAGGGCGCUUAUACGGGACCUUGUAGUUCUACAAAGGUCUAGAUCUCUCAGGGAUCCUUCUAUGAGUCAGCCCUCAUGGCAUUCUGCUUCUGUGGUUGAUUUGUUGUCUAAAAAAGGUGAAAGGGAUGUCAUGGUGGGCAAUGGAAGACGGUCUGUUGGCAUUGAGCACCCGAGAGAUGGUAGAGGGUUGUUUGGAAGCUCGCCACCAUUAGCUAGUGUACCGAUGUCAGACGUGGCUUCUGGUGAGAUAAGCAGGAGUAAUGAUGAAGGUGCAGCAGUGAGCAAUCAUAGUACCAAGAGUGGAAUUCUGGAACACAGAAGAGUUAAGAAGGAACAAUUGACUGGGAGGAAUUUGGGAUCUGUCCUCAUGGAUGGCCAAAAUGAGUUUCCACAAGGUGGUAAUAAUUUGGUUCAUGACAAAGUUUCGGGACUCUCCGAAUCAAGGGAUAAGAAAAUCAGACAAAAGGGGACGCAUAAGCAAGAUGAUAACCUUAAGACCUUUUCUGAGCAGUUGAAUGAGGUUCCAUUGGACAGUGGUGAUGUGGCUUCAUCUAACAUCCAUCAUCAUGGAAGACAUAGUCAACGUGAGAAAGCAGUUGAUGUAGCUGAAGCAAGCAUCCGUGGACACUGCAGGGGUCUGAACAGAAUAAAGAGGCGUAAGUUUCAAGGCACAAGGAAAGCUCAGGCUGCUAUACCUUCACAAGAUGCUGGGGCUGAAAAUGAAGUGUCUGUGGCCUCUAAUUCAUUAGCAAAAGGUGCACCACGCACAAAACAUUACAUCGAGGAAGGAGAUGAAGAGUAUGCGAAGCAGAAUGUCAAAAGAGCCCCCAGAAAUGGCUGUGGUAUUUCUUGGAAUUGGUCAAGAAUUCAUCAUAGAGGAAAAUCAUUCCUUGACAUUGGUGAAAGAAGCUUGAAUUGUGGAUUGUCUGACCCAAAGUUGAGGAGAGGUGGUACAACCCUUCAAGGGAGGGAUGUUUCUGAUAUGCACGAUAUGCCAGACCACUCAGGUUCAUCUACUAAGUCUGAUGCUGAAGCAUUGCCUCUACUUGUUGAUCCAUCUGGGUCUCUGGAAAGUACAGAUAAUGCUGCUUGGGUGCAUGACUAUUCCGGGGAGCUAGGCAUUUAUGCUGACAAUCUUUUUAAAGAUGAAAUUGAUUCUGACCUUGCUUCGGAAGCUAGAUCUGGUGAUCAAAAAAAAUAUCGAAUGCGUCGCACUGCUAGGUACCAAAAUCUCACUCAGAAGUACAUGCCAAGAACCUUCAGAGAUCUGGUGGGGCAGAGUUUGGUAGCCCAAGCUCUUUCUAAUGCUGUGGUAAAAAGGAAAGUUGGGUUGCUCUAUGUGUUUUAUGGGCCUCAAGGCACAGGUAAAACCUCCUGUGCACGCAUUUUUGGCCGAGGUAUUAGUUGUCAGUCUCUGGAGCAUCCCAAACCUUGUGGGAUUUGCAGUUCGUGCGUAGCACAUGACAUGGGUAAGAGUCGAAACACAAGGGAAGUAGGCCCAGUCAGUAAUUUUAACUUUGAAAGCAUUAUGGAUCUACUUGACAAAAGGAUUGUUUCUAAGCUGCCAUCACAAUACAGAGUCUUUAUCUUUGAUGACUGUGAUACUUUCUCGCGUGAAUGUUGGAGUGCUAUAUCAAAGAUCAUUAGUCAAGCACCCAGGCGUGUGGUUUUUAUCCUUGUUUGUUCGAGUCUUGAUGUGCUACCUCAUAUAAUCAUAUCCAGGUGCCAGAAAUUCUUUUUUCCCAAGUUGAAAGAUGCAGAUAUUAUCUACUCUUUGCAAUGGAUCGCAACCAAAGAGAAUCUAGAAAUUGACAAGGCUGCGCUAAAGCUUAUUGCAUCAAGAUCAGACGGAUCUCUGAGGGAUGCUGAGAUGACCCUUGAACAACUGAGUUUGCUCGGGCAGAGAAUCACCAUUCCUCUGGUUCAGGAACUUGUUGGGCUCAUCUCUGAUGUCAAGUUGGUAGAUCUACUAGACUUAGCAUUAUCUGCAGACACAGUUAAUACCGUGAAGAAUUUGAGAGAGAUCAUGGAGACUGGUGUUGAGCCAUUGGCUUUGAUGUCACAGCUUGCCACAGUAAUUACUGAUAUUCUUGUUGGUACCUAUGAUUUCACGAAAGAAAGGCCUAGAAGGAAGUUCUUUCGACAAGCAUUAUCAAAAGAAGAUAUGGAAAAGCUGCGCCAAGCUCUAAAAACAUUGUCUGAAGCUGAAAAGCAGCUGAGAAUGUCAAAUGACAGAUUAACAUGGCUUACAGCUGCAUUGCUGCAGCUUGCUCCUGAUCAGCAGUAUAUGUUGCCAGGUUCCUCUGCAGACACAAGUUUUAAUCAUAGUCCCCUGGGCUUAACAGGUGGAAGAGAGAUGCCCAGGAAAACUAAUGUUGAUCAUGCUGAGAUGCCUAAUACUCAAAGAAUAUUGUCAAGAAAUGUUGGAAUUGAUAAUCUCCAAGCUGGAAGUCCUAGUGAUGAUAAGACAAGAGGUACUACUAUAAACAGAAAAGGAGAGGCUGGGGUGGGGAUGGUUCCUCAAGACAUGCUCGGUGUCCAUGGUGAAAGAAAUAGAGAGAGUAGCAGGCAGUUACCAGGUAAAUUUCCCAAAGAAAUUGGAGAAAUUUGGUUGGAGGUGCUUGAAAAGAUACAAAUAAAUAGUGUUAGAGACUUCCUGUAUCAAGAAGGAAAGCUGGUCUCUGUCAGUUUUGGCACAGGUACUUCUAACAUGCAUUCGUCCUUUAACUGA